AUGUCGGCUACAAUGAAGGCGAUUGUUGUGCUCUUGUGUGUGGUGGGACUGGCGUCGUGUCAGUUCUUCCCGCCGAGGCAGAACUUCGACAGGUUCCCGUCCCGUGGUUCUAGUGGCAGGUUCCCGUCCCAAGGUUCUGCUGGAAGGUUCCCGUCCCAAGGUUCUGCUGGCAGGUUCCUGUCCCAAGGUGCUACUUCAGGAGUCCAGGCUGACGACACCUUCGGUGGAAGUCAAUACUACUUCUCCUGGAAACACGAUGGUGGUAAGGAGUACACUGGAAGUGCUGCUGCCAGCUUGUGUUCCAGUCUGGGUGGCGGGUGGCAGGCUGUGGGUAUCAGCUCCCAGGAAGAACUCAAUUACAUCCAUGGCAUUAUUGGCAGAGAGAGACUGGAUUACAUCUGGACUGGCGGGAACAAGUCUGGAAGCAGCUUUAAGUGGCUGAAUGGUGAACCUUUCAGUGUUACUGGCUGGUCACACACCGGAGGACUCCGCAAACCUCAGCCAGACAACCGUGAAGGUGGCAAGGAGAACUGCCUGGCCAUUCUCAACAACUUCUACAAGGAUGGCAUCAAGUGGCACGACGUAGCCUGCCACCACCUGAAGCCCGUCAUCUGUGAACGUCGAGCUUAAUGCCACCUGUGUCACAUUCUCUCACUAGUCUCCUCACUUUCCAC